GUUCAUACAAUGAGGGUCUGUGUGUAGUAGCUCUCCGCUAUUGCCUCGGUGUACCACACGGACAAACCAUUGUCAAUGGACUAUUUGAGACGGCUCUCAAUCGGUUUUCUUCAACGGCUCUCUGCGUUUCGCCUGCCUGGUUUCUGACUUGUUAUUUGGAACCACAGCCCUCCUCUUCGGGCGAAAAGGGAAAGACGCGGAGAAAACGGACUAAUUUUCAAACAAAAAAAAUGCCGUGAGUCUUGAAGUUUUGUGUGUUUUUUUUGGAUUCUCCCUUUUUUUGGCGACCAAUCGCCCACCUCUAAUUUAUAGACUAUUUCCUAAGUGUGGUACAAUUGGGAUAAAGUGAGCCGAUAUGUAUCAGGGAUGGACCUAUCGGUGAAACUGAAGUUGUGCGUGCUGUGGUUUUGAAUCAUCCAAGGGAUUCAUAUUGAAUAUAGCCUAUUUAUCUGAGCAGAGGUCGACUUGUUAAGCAAGAACAUUCCAGCUGCGAAUCCACGAGCCUUUCAUGUUUGUAAAUCAUUUCACUUUUAAUUAUAAGCUGACACACUAAGACCCCGAUGAAUAAUAACUUUGGGACUUUCUAAUGCGCAUGUGGAACCAAGUGUGAGUUUAUGUAAGCAUUAUCUCGGUUUAAUCUUCCUGGCUAUAUCAUUUCCUAACAGUUAGACAAGAUAAUUGUGCAACAUUUCAACACAUAUCGCAUCGUCUCGAACUCUCCAGUGAGUUGGUGCGUGCAGUUCAUUUUUCUUUUCCUCAUGGGAUCAUAGCUGAGUCAAUUCGUCUUGUUUUCUUCCAUGUCCGUACUGUGGUCCAUUAUAAGCUCAGUGGACCUCAGUCUUUAUAAACUUGUUAGGGACCCGCGGGCAUGGGAGAAGCGACCCCCGCUCAGUCUGCUGCAGGGACAUUCGUACCCAUGUUGGGCGUCGGUUUGGGAGCUAUGCCCGGCGGGGCCGUCAACGGACCGGUGGUGGCCACCUCCAGAGGCUCCGCGGUACCGCAGCUGCACAACGCCAUCGUGGAGCGUCUGCGCGCCCGCAUAGAGCUGUGCAGGAGGCACCACUCCACCUGCGAGAACCGCUACCAGAGGGGUCAGGCCGAGAGCUCUGACCGGGAGCACGAGAGCACGCUUCACCUGCUCAACAUAGUCCAACAGGGGCCCGGGAACCGCAAGACAAAGGGCAGCAGGGGAUCGAACCAGCAACCCCCAGAGUACAGCCGGGCCAACGGAGAGCAAAAGGCGUCGGAGGGCGAGCAGAAGAUUUCCACACGCAUAGCGCUCCAAGGAUCUCUGCGCAGGAAGAUUGAGGGACACGCACCAGGGCACACACCAAAGCAGAAUGGCCUCUCCUGUGGUUUCUCUGGAUCAGACUUUAAGCGGGUCCGUGUGGACGCCGGUGCUCUGGGACAUGGAACCUGCAACCAUAACCUAAGCCAAUCCCAUUCCCUGCAAGGGUCCUCAGCCAUGGUCAUGCAGAGAAAGAAUUACAUGAUGCCCCACGGAUUAGGGUCGGACAUAUUCAACAUGACUCUGAAGGAAAUGAAAAAGGAGCCCAUAGAGAUCCAGUCUUGCGGCCAGUCAAACCCGGAGAUGAUUUUUGACUUCAAGGAUGAAGGCGGUGGUCAGAUCGACCCGGAGCUCCAGGAUCUGUUUGACGAGCUCACGAAGUCCGUGCCCCCGCUGAAUGAUCUCGAGUUUGAGAAGAUGUUGAAGCAGGACGAUACCUUCGGUCUGGAUCUAGGGCGGCCCAGCUCAGCGGGAGCGGCCGCCAGUCUUUGCUCCCCGUUGGAGAAGCCCAUAAAGACGGAGCACUCGCCAGAUUUCAGCCAGGUUCACUGUGGCUCGCCGCAGCUUCGACCGGCCUCGGCAGGCCCCUCUUUCACACUGACCAGCACCUCUUCCACCACCACGUCACAGAAAGGCAACACUCAGGCAGGACACCCCAGAUCCUUGCCCUGCUGGCCGGAAAUAUCCCACGCAGAGCAGCUGAAGCAGAUGGCAGCGAACCAGCAGCAGCCGAGUUCCCUUCUCCAUCACCACCACCAAAACCCUCCUGUGGGAAUGACUAGCUGGGCUCCCGCCAUGAGCACCCACUCCUCCACCAGCACCUUCCCCCAAGACAAAGUCUCCAGCCCGGCCCCGCUCAGCCAGCAGAGGAUCGGGCCCCACAGUAAAGGCCUCAACAACUGCCUCUUCAAGUCGAACGGCCACAAUCCCCCCCACCAUUUGGACAUGAAAGUUCUCAGCACCAAGCCCACGUUACACUUCAGCCCUAAAGCUCCACAUUCCGCCAGCCAGCCCAUGUCCAUCAUGACGAACCAGGUCAACAAGACGGAACCGCAGCAACCGUCGCCGUCGCCGGGACAGAAUCCGUCACAUUCAGCUCUCCAUUUCCAGAACCAACAAAUCCCGACAUCAGGGUCGCUUUGUCUGCAACCCAAGUCGGUUACUGCAGGGCUGCCAUUCAGACUGUCACAGCCACGACAGGGGGUUCCCGCCGGUCCAAGGCUGCCCACUAACGGAAGCUUAGGGGUCAUGGCAGCCCAGUCGCAGCCUCGGCCCUCGGCGCCGACCAACCAGCAGAAAGGGCCGGUCAAAACUCAGGUUAUGCAGAGACCGCUUAACCAGCAACAGCACGGCAUCAGCAAUUCAGACAAAGACAACGCGCACGAUCAGUUCAGUCGUCAUCUCACGAGGCCGCCGCCAGAUUACAAGCAGUCGAGAGGUUUGGUGGGAGUUCAGCAAGGAAACCUCUUCACAGGUCAGAACUCCUCCCAGGCUCCCAGCAACGGCCCCGACAACAGCCUCCAGUCCAUUUCUUGUCGCCUCCCAAGCGGCUCCGCCGCGAAGAUGAGCCCGUCGCCGCUGGACCGCAGAUUUGGGAUCGGGGCGGACAUCCACCCGGGCCCCUGCAUCAACCAGUUCCAGCAGCAAAACAGUCACAAUCGAGUGGGGCUGAAUCAAAGCAAACCGAGGUUUCUGGGUCCGAACGCACAAGGCAAGUCCUUCGGGAUGAACAGUGUAGCGGGCGUACACGCAGCCGACCUGCACUCCUCUGGGGUGCCAGGACAGGGUUUGGGAGGCUUGAUGCCAAAUGCGAGCAUGGGCUGGGGUCCAGGCAGCAAGCAACAAAUGACGACCGGCCUCGGCGUGAGGCGGCUCCCCAACCCGCUGCAGUCUCAGGGUGCGCAGGACAUGCCGAGCCAUCCGUACCAACAGAGGCACAUCGUCCCUCCCAACCAGGUGGCUCCAGACAUCGGGAUUCCCCCCAUCACUCCCUCCAUAAGAGACACAGGCCCGAGACCGAACCCGGCGAUGAUGGGCUCCCCGUCGGCGGUGGGGAACCUGAACCAGGCCUCUCCCGAACAGAGGGUACCAGCAGGCAACUUCGCAGAGCCCAGUCCAAGCUCCAACAGCUACCAACCGAACAACAGAGCCAACCGCCUGACCUUUGACUUCCUCCCAGAGGGAGACAACACGGUUCCAGGAAUCAACGCAGACUCAGACUUCAUAGACUCUCUGCUCAAAUCUGGCUCUGGGAACGAUGACUGGAUGAAAGAUAUAAAUUUGGAUGAAAUCCUGGGCAGUCACUCGUGAAUUUGGGUCACAGAUGCUAAAAAAACUGACCCGCAGCUCAAAAUCACAGAGGUCACGUAUGUGUGCGCGGUGGAAGGGAUGACAUUUGUAAAUAAUGUUAAAAUGGAAUUUUAUAAACUCAUAUUAUUUGUUAUUCAAGUAUACUGACGUGUUUUUGUAUUGUAUGUACUGUGAAAGGAAUUUGUCUUCUGUCCUUAGUACUCUGCAUAUUUGUCCCCGGUGUGUCGGCCAAUAAGCUGUGUGUCAUGCUCUAGUGCUGUCGUGUAGGAUGAAAUACAAAAUUCCCACUGUGAAAAGAAAACAUUGCUGUGUUACUUUCGACUUUUUUUUUUUUUUUUUUAAUUCAGAAUCUGCUCCCACUGUGUAGCAUGACGUGGUUUUCACUUCCCGAGGUUUCGCUACCAUGCACACAGAGAGAAUCCUGCCACGGUGCAUUUCUGGUCCUCGUCCUUCAAACCUUUUCAUCUGUGGUAGCUUUCAACGCAGUUUUUAAAAAAAAUGUAACCCCUUAUUAUAUUUUUUUUUCCAUGUGAUAUUUAAUAAUUAUUGGGAUAGUAAUUAGACAUUAUAAUACAUGUAAUUAAUAAAAUUUAUUUGAAUAAC